AAUCACACCUUGCAUACGAUCACAUUGUGACGUAUUUCUGAUUGGUGCAAGCUCAGCUGGCAUCUUCCUGCGAAUUGUGGCGCAGGUCAGCAAGAGUCCCGCCAUAAGUCGAACCCAGCUGGACGUUGUGAAUCAUUCCUAUCACACCGAGCUUGAAAUCGUUUUCGUUAUUGCUCUUCCUCUACACCUGAAUAGGUGACUCAAACCCGGUAUGGCGGCCCUGAAGUCGUCGAUCCUGCUUCUGCUGCUUGCAGUGGUUCUAUUGUAUUCUACGCCAGCGUAUGCAUUCGGCGCUGGUAAUAUUGCUUCACUCUCGAAAAUCGAAGGCAAAAAUUGGCGGCAUGGCGAUAUUGAAGAUAUGCUAAAGACGGUGGCUUUCAUUCGAGGCCACAAAUGGACUUCCAUGAUGAUCAAGCGCGUCUACUUCGGAAACUGGCUGCGAGACUAUUCUCAAGCUGUUGAUGUAGGCACACUGAAAGGAGUCCAAGCAGGUACCAUUCGAAUUUUGGUCUGGAUCCUUGGUUUCAUGAGCUUUGGUUAUGCGACGCAGGAAUUUGAAGUCACUGAAGAAAGGCUCGGUGUCUAUCGGCCAGAGGAGCACAUUGACAACCCGAAGGAUUAUGCGGACAACGAAGAUGCAAGAAAGUAUGACCCCAGACUACGACCACCGGUUCAGGAUGUAGAGCUACAAAUUGAUAUGAAUACUGGUAUGAAGAACUACAUAGCUAAUGAAACCGGUGGAUGGGCAACUAGCUCUGGUUACGUGAAGCACAGCCUUGCACGGUCGAUCCACUUUGGCCGAAUGUACACGAGCAGUUCUACAAAAGGUCGAACUGAGGACUUGUGCGAAGCACUGCGGUGUCUUGGACAGGCCCUGCAUACAAUGGAGGACUUUGGUGCUCACAGCAACUACACGGAGUUGGCGUUGAUCGAGAUGGGCUAUCAUAACGUCUUCCCACAUGUAGGUACUGCUACGCGUGUCAAUGUGCGUGGAAAGUAUGUUUGGCCUGUCGUGACCGGUACAUUCGGCGGCGUGGACUUCUUGCAUUCGGUCAUUGGCGAGGCCACGGAUCACGUUACACAAUCUGAGCUGGAUGAAAUGGACGAUGCUCUUGGUUUAGCUGCAGGUUCUGGUUCAGGCACGAAAGGCUCUGGAGGAAGUGCCAACCAGCUUGGUCUCUUGGGUGACUUACUGUCCAAAGUUCCUGGUACAAGCCAUCUUAUGGAGGAAGCUCAUCGACUACAGGCGGCUUCGAAUGCCCAGGCACAGGCUAACGCUUCGGGUUAUCGUGGCGUCGUUGAUGACAGCUACAGUUAUAGCGCUAGCAGAGCAGAUCCGCCUAUGCAAACACCAUCUUUCCAGGCUCCUCCCGGCUCUAUAGGUGGACCGCCAGGGCCAGGCAUCCCAGGCUUGGAUCCCAACAUGGACCCUCAAGCCGUUGUUGCGAAAAUUUAUCCCAUUCUAGUCUUCCGCGAUAACGUAGUCAGAACAAUUAGCGGCAUCAUUUCCAAGAUACCUGGCUUGGAGAAACUCAUCGACACUAUUACCGAGCGAGUUACCCUGUUCAUCUUUAGUCUCCUUGCGCCAUAUCUCAAGCCUAUUAUCGCAGCCGCAAGCAAGCAGCUCAAGAAUGGCAGCACUGCUGUAGUUGACAGCUCGGGCAAGCAUCAAUAUGAGGUCUGGGAGAAUCCUCAUUCCAGCGACCCGACACACUCGCUGCUAAGCAAAGACCACUUCUCAAAUUACCUGAACCCACCAGCUGGCCAAGUUGCAACUGCGAUUUUACAGUACACUGCUCCACGGGUUUUUUACGCCUGGGAUCACCCUGACGUACCCGUCGAACAGGUUCUUAACGAUGUUGUCCGCGCCUUCCACCAUCCAGCACUCAGAGAUCCGAAUCUUGAGAUCCACAGGAACAUGUUCCAGGCCGUGGAACACUGGGUCCGAGAGCUCCCCGACCACGGGAACAGCAUUAAUGACAUACUUAGCUCCGAUAGUGUGAAGGCAGGUAGGAACCACAAGGGUGAAAUACACGCUCAUGGAAGCAGUAGCCAUGGAGGGGCACAUUCUCAUGGCGGCGGCUUCAGCACGCUUCCGGGCAUGCCAUCUGGUAUACCGUCCAUCCCUGGCUUUGGAAGCCAUAGCAAAGUCAGCGGCUCGCCUUUCGAGAUGUUCAAUCGCAAGCGCGCGCUCGGCGAGUUCGACGAUGUUGCGCCCUCUGGGGCGGCCGCUACGCAAGAGUGGCAACCACAAGGUCAGUACACCUCUGGCACGAUGGUUUCUUUCAACGGCGCAACGUACAAGUGUUUGCAAACGCACAAUGUUGAUGCUGCUGAUUGGACACCUGCUGCCGCUUCAAGCCUGUGGACGCGAAUUGACUCUUCCUCCCCGUUUACAGGCGGUCCACCGCUGCAACAGCAGAAGAUGCAUUCGCCACAGCCAGCUGCAAGUCCGUGGCAGCCUGGUGGCUAUGAAAAUCAAAGCUUUGCACAGAUGCAACAGGCGCCACAAAACCUGGAUUAUGACCACGGCGCCUAUGAAAUGCCCACGAACUAUCAUCAGGGAUAUCAUGAUGGGCCUGGUUAUGGCGGUCCGCCGCCCGCGCCGGCAGCAGCACACAAUGCACCUAGCCCGUACGGCGAGGCUGGCGGAAGUUCUGGAUAUGGGUAUGUAGGAGGGCAUUAUCAGCAGGCCGGUGGUCCCGGGUACCAAGAAGGCUACUACAGCCAACCGCCUCCUGGUCCGUAUGGCCAGUACUAAGCCUUCAAAUUUCCUACACGAUGUCACGGUCAACAGUAAGGUAACGAAAUGCUAGGUGGGAGAGCGGUUGAGAGCAGAGAGGCUGUAUAAUUCUUAGCUUUCCAAACAUUGCGUCCAAGGCUUUCUAGAUACAGAAAACAAUUGAAUGUCCACCAGAAGUCUCCCC